AUGAACAACAACCACCGAGUGCCGAGCAACCGAACUCUGAGCGCCGUGGAGGUGAAGAGCAAGGUGCGUUGCUUGCAAUAUUAGCUAGCUAGUUGCCAGUACAAAACAGCUACUAUGUAACUAUUUUAUGAGUUAUUGAAGGCUCCUAGCUUACUACUUACAAAUGAUGGCUAAAUUAGCCUGCUAAGUGGCUUGUCAGCAAGUUAUGUUGUAAUUCAAUUGUCUCUUCUGCGCCAGUUAGCUGUACCAGUUUGCUUGCUAGCUAGUUGGCCAGCCAGUUAUCUAGAGCCAGUUAUCUAGCCAGCGAACGAACAAACAAGUGUAAAAUGUGGAUUGGUGUGAGGAAGGCAUGUGUUGGUAUCCAAUGCAUGGAUCGAUGUUUUACCACAUUAUUUGUACGAAUUCUAUUAUUACGCCGCGGUCGGAACCCUGUCAAAAGCUUUGGAGAUUAGGCAAUGUUGUGACUGUACCCAGCCACCCACAUAAUGAGCGAAUACUUGUCAGCGAACCACACAUUGUUGUGGUUGAGUUUGGACAAUAUGUUACACAAUUUUAUAUGAUCUGAUUGGGUGAAUAUUUAUGGUUACAAUAAAAUAACUAAAAUAGCCAUACUUAACAAGCUUUAAAAGAAUCUGAGAUUGCAUCGCCUACUGUCUGGUUGUUAAUUAGGUUUGCUAAUCGGUUAUGAAGGUUGUUGGCCUAGAGCGCUGACAAGUCAUUCUGCUGUUCAUUGUCCCGUGCGCAGGUGCCAAAGGCACAGGUGAUCUUGGUUCCUUCCGCAUAUGAUUUCUAAUAGUAAACAUAAGUCAUUGCGCAGUUUGGGUUCAAUAUUCCAUACCUCUAAAUAGCUACAUUUUCCAUUAUUGUGAUUAUCCCCAAAUUAAUAUUCAGUGUCACUACUGGAAUGUCACUAAUAAUAAUGCAGGGGUCCCUAAAUCCAUUCAAAACACUAACUUUUUCAUCAAUACAUGUUAUGAGAUGUUGUCAAGGUUACAGACAUUAGUCUCAUGAAAAGGGUGACAAUGGUACUGAUCCCCAGUUUCCCAAGUGCAGAUAAAGAAGAAUACAAUUUGUUUGUCAUCUUCAGCCUGAUUAGACAAUGGGGUACUAAUCAACCAUACAAACCCAGUCCCCAGCACUGUGCAGCAGUAACCACAACACUGCUAGUCACUGGGUGUACCAUCGUAAUGCAAAAAAGGGACGGGAGGAUCCAACCCUUGUCUUUCGUUUCACUUUGGCAACAGGCAUUACUCCAACCAUGUCAAACAAAACAUGUUUGUGGCAAACUGCCCUCUCUAAUAGAGUACCACCAACAAGAGUUACUGCAACCAGUGACCACAGUGUGAUUGACUUGGUAGAUUUCAGAUCAGUGCUUUUCCUAUCGAUGUGCCAGCGAUCGAGAUGGGUGUGUGAGUCCUUAUCUCUGUAAUUAUAGGCUGCUAUGACAUACACAGGCACAAGCACACCCACAUCUGCAUAUUGAACAUUUUCACUGAUGCACAGAUUGUACUCAUUUUCACACAUACAAGCCAAGGACACAUAAUCAGUGUUUAUACUAACUGAGUGACGCUCUGGACUACUAGACACUCAACCAAUUGACUCACGACCACUAUGUGGUAGAGUUUUAUUUUAUAAAAUGUUGAAUUUGGCCUUUACUAUUAUAACUGAUUGAAACGCAUUGAAUAACACAUUCAUAAAUGGCAAACAAUAAUAAAUCAUAAGGAAUAAGGUUUUGAAGUGUCUAUCCUAUAUCUAGGAGAUAACAAAGCUCAGGAAAUAUUAGUUUUUUUGGACACAUAUUUAACCCUUUAUUUUUGUUGGCACAAAACUACCUGCAUACAGUGCAUUCAGAAAGUAUUCAGACCCCUUGACUUUUUCCACAUUUUGUUACAUUACAGCCUUAUUCUAAAAUUGAUUUUUAAAAAAAAACAGGUUUUUAGAAAUUUUAGCAAAAAAUAAAUAAAUGGAAAUAUGACAUUUACAUAAAUAUUCAGACCCUUUACUCAGGACUUUGUUAAAGCACCUUUGGCAGCGAUUACAGCCUUGAGUCUUCUUGGGUAUGACGCUACAAGCUUGGCACACCUGUAUUUGGGGAGUUUCUCCCAUUCUUCUUUGCAGAUCCUCUCAAGCUCUGUCAGGUUGGAUGGGGAGCGUCGCUACACAGCUAUUUUCAGGUCUCUCCAGAGAUGUUUGAUCGGGUUCAAGUCCAGGUUCUGGCUGGGGUACUCAAGGACAUUCAGAAACUUGUCCCGAAGCCACUCCUGCGUUGUCUUGGCUGUGUGCUUAGGGUCGUUGUCCUGUUGGAAGGUGAACCUUCACCCCAGUCUGAGGUCCUGAGCGCUCUGGAGCAGGUUUUCAUCAAGGAUCUCUCUGUACUUUGCUCUGUUCAUCUUUCCCUCGAUCCUGAUUAGUCUCCCAGUCCCUGCCACCGAAAAACAUCCCCACAUCAUGAUGCUGCCACCACCAUGCUUCAACGUAGGGAUGGUGCCAGGUUUUCUCCAGACGUGACGCUUGAAUCUUGUUUCUCAUGGUCUGUCAUGUGCCUUUUACUGAGGAGUGGCUUCCGUCUGGCCGCUACCAUAAAGGCCUGAUUGGUGGAGUGCUGCAGAGAUGGUUGUCCUUCUGGAAUGUUCUCCCAUCUCCAAAGAGGAACUCUAGAGCUCUGUCAGAAUGACCAUCGGGUUCUUGGUCACCUCCCUGACCAAGGCCCUUCUCCCCCGAUGGCUCAGUUUUGCCGGGUGGCCAGCUCUAGGAAGAGUCUCUGUGGUUCCAAACUUCUUCCAUUUAAGAAUGAUAGAGGCCACUGUGUUCUUGGGGACCUUCAAUGCUGCAGACAUUUUUGGGUACCCUUCCCCAGAUCUGUGCCACGACACAAUCCUGUCUCGGAGCUCUACGGACAAUUCCUUCGACCUCAUGGCUUGGUUUUUUUUAUAGACAGGUGUGUGUGCCUUUCCAAAUCAUGUCCAAUCAAUUGAAUUUACCACAGGUGGACUCCAGUCAAGUUGUAGAAACAUCUCAAGGAUGAUCAAUGGAAACAUGAUGCACCUGAGCUCAAUUUUGAGUCUCAUAGCAAAGGGUCUGAAUACUUAUGUAAAUAAGGUAUUUCUGUUUUAUUUUUUUAUACAAUUGCUACAAUUUCUAAAAACCUGUUUUCUCUUUGUAAUUAUGGGGUAUUGUGUGUAGUUUGAGGGAAAAAAUUAAUUUGAAUCCAUUUUAGAAUAAGGCUGUAACGUGGAAAAAGGGAAGUGGUCUGAAUACUUUCCGAAAGCACUGUACUUCCAUUUGUUUGUAUAAGUUACCUUCAGACGAGUCCUGUGACACUUGUGGGGGUCGUAGAGAGAACCACCGAUUUUCGGGAUGUCUCAUGGUCUGACAAACACAGCUGUAGCUCGGCCACCUUCCACCGCAGAUGCGAAAGGCCAACAUAGGCGGAUGCGGUGGAUCGAGAUGCAGCCAUGCUUAUUAAACUGACGGAUUUUGAUGGGGAGUCUUUUAUGUUACUUAUACUGAACAAAAAUAUAACCUCAACAUGUAAAGUGUUGGUCUCAUGUUUCCUUAUGAAUUCCAGAAAAGUUCCACAAAUAGCUUUUUUCUCUCCAAUUUUGUGCACAAAUUUGUUUACAUCCCUGUUAGUGAGCAUUUCUCCUUUACCAAGAAAAUCCAUCCACCUGACAGGUGUGGCAUAACAAGAAGCUAAUUAAACCGCAUGAUCAUUUCACAGGUGCACUCUAAAAGGCCAAAUGUGCAGUUUUGUCACAACACAAAAUGCCACAGAUGUCUCAUGUUUUGAGGGAGUGUGCAAUUGGCAUGCUGACAGCAGGAAUGUCCACCAGAGCUUUUGCCAGAUAAUUGAAUGUUCAUUUCUCUACCAUAAACCGCCUCCAACGUUGUUUUAGAGAAUUUGGCAGUACGUCCAACCGGCCUCACAUCCGCAGACCACAUGUAACCACGCCAGCCCAGGACCUCCACAUUCGGGCUUCUUCACCUGCGGGAUCGUCUGAGACCAGCCACACAGACAGCUGAUGAAACAGGUAUUUUUGCACGAACUGUCAGAAACCGUCUCAGGGAAGCUCAUCUGCGUGCUUGUCGUCUUCACCAGAGUCUUGACCUGACUGCAGUUUGUCGUCGUAAGGGAAAAUGCUCACCUUCUAUGGCAACUGGCACGCUGGAGAUGUGUGCUCUUCACGGAUGAAUCCUGGUUUCAACUGUACCGGGCAGAUGGCGUUGUGUUUGCUGAUGUCAAAAUUGUGAACAGAGUGCCCCAUGGUGGCGGUGGGGUUAUGGUAUGGGCGGGCAUAAGCUACAGUGAGGGGGGGGAAAAAGUAUUUGAUCCCCUGCUUAUUUUGUACGUUUGCCCACUGACAAAGAAAUGAUCAGUCUAUAAUUUUAAUGGUAGGUUUUGAACAGUGAGAGACAGAAUAACAACAACAAAAUCCAGAAAAAAUACACAUUUCAAAAAUGUUAUAAAUUGAUUUGCAUUUUAAUGAGGGAAAUAAGUAUUUGACCCCUCUCAAUCAGAAAGAUUUCUGGCUCCCAGGUGUCUUUUAUACAGGUAACGAGCUGAGAUUAGGAGCACACUCUUAAAGGGAGUGCUCCUAAUCUCAGCUUGUUACCUGUAUAAAAGACACCUGUCCACAGAAGCAAGCAAUCAAUCAAUCAGAUUCCAAACUCUCCACUAUGGCCAAGACUAAAGAGCUCUCCAAGGAUGUCAGGGACAAGAUUGUAGACCUACACAAGGCUGGAAUGGGCUACAAGACCAUCGCCAAGCAGCUUAGUGAGAAGGUGACAACAGUUGGUGCGAUUAUUCGCAAAUGGAAGAAACACAAAAGAACUGUCAAUCUGCCUCGGCCUGGUGCUCCAUGCAAGGUCUCACCUCGUGGAGUUGCAAUGAUCAUGAGAACGGUGAGGAAUCAGCCCAGAACUACACAGGAGGAUCUUGUCAAUGAUCUCAUGACAGCUGGGACCAUAGUCACCAAGAAAACAAUUGGUAACGCACUACGCCGUGAAGGACUGAAAUCCUGCAGCACCUGCAAGGUCCCCCUGCUCAAGAAAGCACAUAUACAUGCCCGUCUGAAGUUUGCCAAUGAACAUCUGAAUGAUUCAGAGGAGAACUGGGUGAAAGUGUUGUGGUCAGAUGAGACCAAAAUUGAGCUCUUUGGCAUCAACUCAACUCGCCGUGUUUGGAGGAGGAGGAAUGCUGCCUAUGACCCCAAGAACACCAUCCCCACCGUCAAACAUGGAGGUGGAAACAUUAUGCUUUGGGGGUGUUUUUCUGCUAAGGGGACAGGACAACUUCACUGCAUCAAAGGGACGAUGGACGGGGCCAUGUACCGUCAAAUCUUGGGUGAGAACCCCCUUCCCUCAGCCAGGGCAUUGAAAAUGGGUCGUGGAUGGGUAUUCCAGCAUGACAAUGACCCAAACACACAGGCCAAGGCAACAAAGGAGUGGCUCAAUAAGAAGCACAUUAAGGUCCUGGAGUGGCCUAGCCAGUCUCCAGACCUUAAUCCCAUAGAAAAUCUGUGGAGGGAACUGAAGGUUCGAGUUGCCAAACGUCAGCCUCGAAACCUUAAUGACUUGGAGAAGAUCUGCAAAGAGGAGUGGAACAAAAUCCCUCCUGAGAUGUGUGCAAACCUGGUGGCCAACUACAAGAAACGUCUGACCUCUGUGAUUGCCAACAAGGGUUUUGCCACCAAGUACUAAGUCAGUACUAAGUUGCAGAGGGUCAAAUACUUAUUUCCCUCAUUAAAAUGCAAAACAAUUCAUAACAUUUUUGACAUGCAUUUUUCUGGAUUUUUGUUGUUGUUAUUCUGUCUCUCACUGUUCAAAUAAACCUACCAUUAAAAUUAUAGACUGAUCAUGUCUUUGUCAGUGGACAAACGUACAAAAUCAGCAGGGGAUCAUACUUUUUUCCCUCACUGUACGGACAACAAACACAAUUGCGUUUUAUCGAUGGCAAUUUGAAUGCACAGAGAUACUGUGAUGAGAUCCUGAGGCCCAUUGUCUUGCUAUUUAAUCCAUCACCUCACGUAUCAGGAUGAUAAUGCAUGGCCCCAUGUCACAAAGGAUUUUUGCACAGUUCCUGGAAGCUGAAAAUGUCCCGGUUCUUCCAUGGCCUGCAUACUCACCAGAUAUGUCACCCAUUGAGCAUGUGUGGGAUGUUCUGGAUCGACGUGUACGACAUCGUGUUCCAGUUCCCGCCAAUAUCCAGCAACUUCGCACAGCCAUUGAAGAGUGGGACAACGUUCCACAGGCCACAAUCAACAGCCUGAUCAACUCUAUGUGAAGGAGAUGUGUUGUGCUGCAUGAGGCAAAUGGUGGUCACACCAGAUACUGACUGGUUUUCUCAUCCAUGCCCCUACAUUUUUUUAAAGGUAUCUGUGACCAACAGAUGCAUAUCUGUAUUCCUAGUCAUCUGAAAUCCAUAGAUUAGAGCCUCAUUUAUUUAUUUCAAUUGACAGAUUUCCUUAGGAACUGUAACUCAGUAAAAUCUUUGAAAUUGUUACAUGUUGCGUUAUAUUUUUGUUCAGUGUAGAUUGACACACACAGCUGUGUCAAUAUACUCUUAAGGAUUAAACACUCAAUAUACUUAUUCCAACCACUGUGUAAUGUUUUUCUGGUUUGUCAAAACUGUUUGCUGCUUAAUUCUUUCUACAAACACCAAGAUCAUUAUCCUUCCUCCUAUCCAAUCUUUAACUGCGGUCUGUCUGUCUCUGUCUGUGUGUCUUUGCGCAUUCCUAUGUGUCUCAGUUUGGGGCCGAAUUCCGUCGGUUCUCCCUGGACCGGUCGAAGCCGGGUCGGUUCGACGAGUUCUAUGGACUCCUGCAGCACGUGCACCGGAUCCCCAACGUGGACCUGCUGGUGGGUUACGCCGACGUCCAAGGCGACCUGUUGCCAAUCAACAACGAUGACAACUACCACAAGGCCAUCUCUGUGGCUAGCCCGCUGCUACGGCUCUUCCUGCAGAGGAAAGGUAAGAAAGGAUCAAACAAAUUUAUUUUACAUCCAAAAAGCAAGCAAUGCAGAGGCAGAAGCACAGUGGCUACGAAACACUCCCUAGAAGGCAGGAACAUAGGAAGAAACCUAGAAAGGAACCAGGCUCCGAGGGGUGGCCAGUCCUCUUCUGGCUGUACCGGGUAGAGAAGGAUCGCACAGAGCCAGGGGGCAGGUCAGCAUGGGGCAGAGGGAAGGAUUAUUUUUUCGAAGUUUAUCUUUUUUUUUAUUGUAACUUUUUACUGGUACUUCUUCUUCUAUGGUGAUUGUAGUGAAUUGCUUACUUGCUUAGUCACACGGGUGUUCCUUGUUCGUGUGAGUUAGCUUGUUGUUUUUUUUGUUUUUUAAAUCAGCUAUCUAACAGUCACGUGAGAUUCUAUGUGUGUAAUCCCACAGUCUUUCCUCCAUCUCCUAAAACAAUCUCUGUGGUUUCAAGCGAAGUGUCCUAUUCCACCCUCUGUAUGGCCAUUGCCUUCUGCUAUUUUAGUAGCCUAUCCUCUCUUGAAUGUUUAAAGGGAUACUUUGAGAUUUUGACAAUUAAGCCCUUUUGUCUACUUACCCAGAGUCAGGUGAACUCAUGGAUACCAUUUGUAUGUCUCUCUGUGCAGUUUCUGGAGCCAUUGAUAACUAGAAUUAGCGCAAUGACUGGAAGUCUACCUGAGCUAGCAUGCCAAAAUCUCCCUUUUAGUAUGACAAACAUGUGUUCUGUAAAUAGGUCUGUCAAGCCUGGGCGCAUUGGACGCAUUGGAUUUGGGCAAAAUAACAAUAUUUUUGACGGUAUUUCGUUUUUUGAAAAAUAACAGUUCUACAUUUGCUUAAUGAGUUGUGCAUGACCCUAGGGUGGCAACACAAAUUGUAAGUGAUUUCAAUGUCGGCUUUCUCCAUUCUGAUUUGUUUUAUACUGUUCAAUCAAACCAAAAGUUGGAUCUCAUUUGAGAUCAUUUCCACACUGCCACGUAGGGCUGCACGAUAUGGGCCAAAAAAUCUAGGCCUUAUUUUUUUACCAAAUAUUGCAAGUGCGAUUUAGAUCAAAACACUUGGGUGAACGGUUGGAAUCAUGGAAAUAGAAUGGAAAUAGAAUGAAGAUUCUAAAUCUAUAGUUAGAAUGUAAUAGUGGGCACUGAAUAUGUUUGACAUAACAACGAAUGAAAAAGCCAGAGAGGCGUUCUAAUACUAAUAGGAUCUCUAUGGAGGCAUUAUUCUGACAGGGUAGGAACCAAAGUGUUGGUCAGUGUUUCCCAGGGGAGUGGGACCCUAUAAUCUUUGGCUACAUUAAAUGGUUAAUGUCUAGAUGGGAUAUUGCUUUUGUAUAAUUUGACAUCAAAAGUAGAUUUUCUUUUAUUGCAUUUUAGCUAACCCUAACCCUUUUCCUAAACUUAACCUAAUUAUUCUAACCUGGUUCUUAAGUUCUCAUAAACCUGCUACAAAAAGUCAAUUUUGACAAAGGCUGUACCUGUUCUAGAUGACACCAAUUAAAUGUUUUCUCUUACUUCAUGUAGCUAACACAUUCAUACUUAGCCUAUUCCUCUCUGAUUUAUAAGAUACUGUUGCACAAACAGUAUGCUGAUUUAGGCCUACACCAGCACUGGUAUCAGGCUGUAUUAGCUAGCUACAUUUGAUCUGACUCAGUACAUUUAUUAACUAGCUAACUUGUGAUUAGCAUUAGCGGCUAACAUUAUUUAUUUUAGCCACAACUUGCUAAGACAAACUAGCUGUUUGCAGACUGUAAAAUACACAAACUAAUAGUGUAAAUAUAGAACACUUGUGGAUUUAUAUUAAGAAGCAAAGUGGAAAGCAGCAUUGUUGUCAUCAAAUCAAGCUUUAUUUAUACAGCACAUCUCAUACAUGUAAUGCAAAGCAAUGUGCUUUACAUUAAAAAACUAUGAAAAUAAAAGCUGGAAUAUUUACUACACAACAAACAUAAGAUACACAAACUGAACAACUAAGAAGCACCCUAAGGAAAAGCAAAGCUAAAACUGUGUUUUUAAGAUCUCUUUUAAAUAAGUCUACAGUUUCAGCCCCCCUCAAGUUCUCUGGCAGGCUAUUCCAGAGGCUGGUGGCAUAAUAACUAAAGGCUGCCUCUCCAUGCCUCUUGGUCCUAGGCUUUGGGAUAGUUAAAAGGCCAGUGCCAGAGGACCUGAGGGACUUACUGGGUACAUAACUUAAAAGCAUGUCUGACAUGUAUUGGGGUGCAUAAUCGUGGAUUGAUUUAAAAAUCAAUAGAAGAAUCUUUAAAUUUAUUUCUACAACUCACAGGCAGCCGGUGCAGAGACCUUAAAACCGGUGUAAUGUGUCCUCGCCGUCUGGCCUUGGUCAGUACCCGUGCUGCAGCAUUCUGUAUGUUUUGCAGUUGACCAAUGGCUUUCUUGGGUAGAGAGCAUUACAGUAGUCAAGCCUGCUUGUUAUAAAAGCAUGGAUGAGUCUCAUCAGCCUGAGAGAAAAACGGUCAAACCUUGGCAACGUUCCUCAGGUGGUAAAAAGCUAUUUUGGUCACAUUCCUAAUGUGUGAUUCAAAAUUUAGUUCAGAAUCUAAAAUAACACCUAGGUUUUUGACCUAAUGUUUUAUCUUUAUUGCCUGUGAAUUAAAAUGUGCAGCUAGAUUCUCUCUGUGCUUUGCCUCCAACAAUAAGUACAUCGGUCUCGUCUUCAUUUAGCUGGAGGAAGUUGUGAGCCAUCCAAGUAUUUAAAUCACUAAUAGUAUAAUAAUUUCUGUGGCGCUAAAAGCCUCUGGUGACACAGAAAUGUAAAGUUGGGGGUUAUAUAUAUAAUAUAUAUAUAUAUAUAUAUAUAUAUAUAUAUAUAUAUAUAUAUAUAUAUAUAUAUAUAUAUAUAUAUAUAUAUAUAUAUAUAUAUAUAUAUAUAUAUAUAUAUAUAUAUAUAUAUAUAUACACUGCUCAAAAAAAUAAAGGGAACACUAAAAUAACACGUCCUAGAUCUGGAUGAAUGAAAUAAUCUUAUUAAAUACUUUUUUCUUUACAUAGUUGAAUGUGCUGACAACAAAAUCACACAAAAAGUAUCAAUGGAAAUCAAAUUUAUCAACCCAUGGAGGUCUGGAUUUGGAGUCACCCUCAAAAUUAAAGUGGAAAACCACACUACAGGCUGAUCCAACUUUGAUGUAAUGUCCUUAACACAAGUCAAAAUGAGGCUCAGUAGUGUGUGUGUGGCCUCCACAUGCCUGUAUGACCUCCCUACAACGCCUGGGCAUGCUCCUGAUGAGGUGGGGGAUGGUCUCCUGAGGGAUCUCCUCCCAGACCUGGACUAAAGCAUCCGCCAACUCCUGGACAGUCUGUGGUGCAUCGUGGCAUUGGUGGAUGGAGCUAGACAUGUCCCAGAUGUGCUCAAUUGGAUUCAGGUCUGGGGAACGGGCGGGCCAGUCCAUAGCAUCAAUGCCUUCCUCUUGCAGGAACUGCUGACACACUCCAGCCACAUGAGGUCUAGCAUGGUCUUGCAUUAGGAGGAACCCAGGGCCAACCGCACCAGCAUAUGGUCUCACAAGGGGUCUGAGGAUCUCAUCUCGGUACCUAAUGGCAGUCAGGCUACCUCUGGCGAGCACAUGGAGGGCUGUGCGGCCCCCCAAAGAAAUGCCACCCCACACCAUGACUGACCCACCGCCAAACCGGUCAUGCUGGAGGAUGUUGCAGGCAGCAGAACGUUCUCCACGGUGUCUCCAGACUCUGUCACGUCUGUCACGUGCUCAGUGUGAACCUGCUUUCAUCUGUGAAGAGCACAGGGCGCCAGUGGCGAUUUGCCAAUCUUGGUGUUCUCUGGCAAAUGCCAAACGUCCUGCACGGUGUUGGGCUGUAAGCACAACCCCCACCUGUGGACGUCGGGCCCUCAUACCACCCUCAUGGAGUCUGUUUCUGACCGUUUGAGCAGACACAUGCACAUUUGUGGCCUGCUGGAGGUCAUUUUGCAGGGCUCUGGCAGUGCUCCUCCUGCUCCUCCUUGCACAAAGGUGGAGGUAGCGGUCCUGCUGCUGGGUUGUUGCCCUCCUACGGCCUCCUCCACGUCUCCUGAUGUACUGGCCUGUCUCCUGGUAGCGCCUCCAUGCUCUGGACACUACGCUGACAGACACAGCAAACCUUCUUGCCACAGCUCGCAUUGAUAUGCCAUCCUGGAUGAGCUGCACUACCUGAGCCACUUGUGUGGGUUGUAGACUCCGUCUCAUGCUACCACUAGAGUGAAAGCACCGCCAGCAUUCAAAAGUGACCAAAACAUCAGCCAGGAAGCAUAGGAACUGAGAAGUGGUCUGUGGUCACCACAUGCAAAACCAGUCCUUUAUUGGGGGUGUCUUGCUAAUUGCCUAUAAUUUCCACCUGUUGUCUAUUCCAUUUGCACAACAGCAUGUGAAAUGUAUUGUCAAUCAGUGUUGCUUCCUAAGUGGUCAGUUUGAUUUCACAGAAGUGUGAUUGACUUGGAGUUACAUUGUGUUGUUUAAGUGUUCCCUUUAUUUUUUUGAGCAGUGUAUAUAUACAUACAUACAUACAGUGGGGGAAAAAAGUAUUUAGUCAGCCACCAAUUGUGCAAGUUCUCCCACUUAAAAAGAUGAGAGAGGCCUGUAAUUUUCAUCAUAGGUACACGUCAACUAUGACAGACAAAAUGAGAAAAAAAAAUCCAGAAAAUCACAUUGUAGGAUUUUUAAUGAAUUUAUUGGCAAAUGAUGGUGGAAAAUAAGUAUUUGGUCAAUAACAAAAGUUUCUCAAUACUUUGUUAUAUACCCUUUGUUGGCAAUGACACAGGUCAAACGUUUUCUGUAAGUCUUCACAAGGUUUUCACACACUGUUGCUUGUAUUUUGGCCCAUUCCUCCAUGCAGAUCUCCUCUAGAGCAGUGAUGUUUUGGGGCUGUCGCUGGGCAACACAGACUUUCAACUCCCUCCAAAGAUUUUCUAUGGGGUUGAGAUCUGGAGACUGGCUAGGCCACUCCAGGACCUUGAAAUGCUUCUUACGAAGCCACUCCUUCGUUGCCCGGGCGGUGUGUUUGGGAUCAUUGUCAUGCUGAAAGACCCAGCCACGUUUCAUCUUCAAUGCCCUUGCUGAUGGAAGGAGGUUUUCACUCAAAAUCUCACGAUACAUGGCCCCAUUCAUUCUUUCCUUUACAUGGAUCAGUCGUCCUGGUCCCUUUGCAGAAAAACAGCCCAAAAGCAUGAUGUUUCCACCCCCAUGCUUCACAGUAUGUAUGGUGUUCUUUGGAUGCAACUCAGCAUUCUUUGUCCUCCAAACAUGACGAGUUGAGUUUUUACCAAAAAGUUAUAUUUUGGUUUCAUCUGACCAUAUGACAUUCUCCCAAUCCUCUUCUGGAUCAUCCAAAUGCACUUCAGACGGGCCUGGACAUGUACUGGCUUAAGCAGGGGGACACGUCUGGCACUGCAGGAUUUGAGUCCCUGGCGGCGUAGUGUGUUACUGAUGGUAGGCUUUGUUACUUUGGUCCCAGCUCUCUGCAGGUCAUUCACUAGGUCCCCCCGUGUGGUUCUGGGAUUUUUGCUCACCGUUCUUGUGAUCAUUUUGACCCCACGGGGUGAGAUCUUGCGUGGAGCCCCAGAUUGAGGGAGAUUAUCAGUGGUCUUGUAUGUCUUCCAUUUCCUAAUAAUUGCUCCCACAGUUGAUUUCUUCAAACCAAGCUGCUUACCUAUUGCAGAUUCAGUCUUCCCAGCCUGGUGCAAGUCUACAAUUUUGUUUCUGGUGUCCUUUGACAGCUCUUUGGUCUUGGCCAUAGUGGAGUUUGGAGUGUGACUGUUUGAGGUUGUGGACAGGUGACUUUUAUACUGAUAACAAGUUCAAACAGGUGCCAUUAAUACAGGUAACGAGUGGAGGACAGAGGAGCCUCUUAAAGAAGAAGUUACAGGUCUGUGAGAGCCAGAAUUCUUGCUUGUUUGUAGGUGACCAAAUACUUAUUUUCCACCAUAAUUUGCAAAUAAAUUCAUUAAAAAUCCUACAAUGGGAUUUUCUGGAUUUUUUUUCUCAAUUUGUCUGUCAUAGUUGACGUGUACCUAUGAUGAAUAUUACAGGCCUCUCUCAUCUUUUUAAGUGGGAGAACUUGCACAAUUGGUGGCUGACUAAAUACUUUUUUCCCCCACUGUACAUACACUAAACAGUACCGGACCCAAAGUCGAACGUUGUGGAACACCACAUGUGAUACGUAUUUUCUCUGAGUUAUGUUCACCAAGGUUGAUAAACUCUCAACCUGUUAAAUAGGUCCUAAACCAAUUUAGAACUGUACCGGAGAGGCCAACCCACCUCUCCAGUCUGUCCAGAAGGACAUCAUGGUCAACAGUGUCGAAUGCAGCACUUAAAUCUAAGAGUCCAAGGACAGAGAGCUGUUUGGCAUCUGUGUUGGCUAUAAGAUCAUUUACCACUAACUAAGGCUGUGGUGGGCACGAAAACCAGAUGUGGAAUUUUUCAAAAACACAGUUGGCACUUAAAUCUUCUAGCUAUUUGAACAUUCAUUUCUCCAGAAUUUUGAAUGGAAGGUUGUAGAUUGUCUGAAAAUUGCUAAGAGCUGAAGAAUCUAAAUUACUUUUCUUCAGAAGGGGUUUCACCAUAACAUGUUUUAGUGCAGUGGGGAAAGUACCUGAGAACAGAGAGUGAUUAACAAUAGCUUGCACUUCUUCAGAUAUGCAAUUAAAAACUAUUUUGAAGUAGGUGGAGGGGAUAGGAUCAAGAAGGCAGGUAGAAGGCUUAAGUUAUGAUAUCACUUUCCUGAGCAGGUCUUUGUCUACCAGCGAAAAUAAAUCCAUAGUGCCUUUGCGUGGUAGGCUAGGGCACAUAUCAUCAAACUUCUCAUCAGGUCUUGCUUCACUGAAACCCAGCCUAAUGUUGGUUAUCUCUGAAAUAUGCCGCAAACUCUUCACGUUUAGAUGUGGAGGGAAGUUCAUAGGUUUGCAGGGGUAGGAUUUAUCAGGCCAUCAAUGGUCGAGAAGAGCACUCAAAUUAUUCUGAUUUUAAUAUUGAUCAAGUUAGGAAAAGGAGUCCGUCUGGCAAUUCUAAACGAUCUGAACGAUCAGCAAAUUAUCUUGUGGUCGAGCCACUGAGGUAUAAUAAGAACUGGAGACUGUGUCCAAGAUGUCCGACUGUUUAAGGUAAUCUACUCACGUUCGCAUACACCGAUUCAUGGACCGUCUAUAUCCGGGUUGCAUCCGGUUUAUACGGACCAACAUAACAUGCGCACUAGCGCUCAUUGCGCACAGGGAGCAGUGCGAGCAGCGACGACAUCACGUCAUCCAAAAACAUGGCAGUUUUUUGGGGGGGAAUAAUUCAAAGGAUGAUUUGUGCGCAAAGGUGAUGACUAAAUUGUCUUGUUAGGAAUUUUCUAAUCUGACUUCGGUGAUGACUAAAUUGUCUUGUUAGGAAUUUUCUAAUCUGACUUCUCUAUGUGGCUGUGUAUGGAAAUGUUCUUUAUUGGCCGGGUGUCAGUUAAACUGCAGUACCGAAGCAAAACUAUAGGAGCAGUCAACCGUGCUUCUAGACCGGAACCCUGGCCCCUUGGGUCGAGCAACAACUGCACUCCUUGAGUGACUGGGUGGGCUUGGUGAUUGGGAGACGACUCAAGUAGCAGAGUAAACUAUAAAAACAGAGUGGCGUAUCACAUUUAACAAGCCUAAAAGAUAAAGUAAAAACCCAAACCGGUACGUGCAUCAAUAACGGUAUAUACAGUAGUAAAAUACGGUAUACCUCCCAGCCCUAAUUUAGCCUACUGUCUCACUAUGGUACUAUAGUAUGGUACUAUAGAAUUCUGGACAUUUUGAUAAUCGUUGAGCAAUGAAUUAGGCCUAGUUGUGUGUGUCUGUUUUUCACUGAGGGGAUAAUUGCUGUUUUUAGUAUGGGUGUUGAACUCAUCAGUCUUGUAGUCUUUUUGUCAUAAUUGAGUGUUCAGUGCAAUCUGGUCAAACCAGAGAGACUGGAGCUCUGGGCGGUGAGUCUAAGCUGUCUCACUGUGCCAUAUGACCUAUAGAUGCUAAGCCUCUUUGUCAGGAGGGGAUUACAGGGGUCACUGUGUCACGCUGUGUGGGCCCUGUGUUUCAAUUACAUGCUAGACACUAACAUCUUUGGCUGCAGCCCCUCACCCCUCAACCACACACACACACUCUUAAUCUUUGCCCACCGCCUUUACCCAACAGUAUAGGAAGCAGUUCGUUCUGACUGCCUAGUAGUGCUGAGCGAUUAGUGUUUUUUGAGGUAGUUUCAGUUAGAUUAUUAAAAAAAUAUAUAUUUGUUUUACAUUUAAAUGUGGAUUGAAUACUGUAAGAACACAGAAUACAACAAUUAAUAAAAGCCCCAUGAUGGUAGUAACUGCCUGCAUAAUUUAUUCCUUUACUUUAAUAAAAUAUUCCAGUUGUAUUUGUUUUAUUUGACUUGGAAUCAUUGUUUUCAUUGAUUCCAAGUCAUUAUCUCAUCUCUAUAGAGCUGCUGCCUAUACUGUCUGACAAAAUCACUAUUUUAGUAGUUCUUCAAAGUAAAUAAGGCAUACUUUUAUGACUGCUGAAUACCAACUAUCAAUCACUUAGAUCAUGUAUUUUCAGGGAGAGAUGCCUCGCGAAGCAACUACUCUUCAUCCCUCUCGAUCACACAUUCUUCUGUCUCUUCACUCCCUUUCCAUGUCUGCUGCACACUAACCUAACAUAGCAGGAGUAAAAGAAACCCACAGACCGGACAAGUAGGCGCGCAAUGGAUUAUGGCCAUUGUAGUUAAUUACCACAUGUUCUGCCUUUAAACUAUGUAGAAUAUUGGCCUGUUGGAAACUAACUCUCUACUACAUCGCACAGUUUGGGAUUGAUCUGAUUAAUCUCUAGAGGAUCUGCGCAAUGUGCGCAUUGAGCUCACAGAAAACGAAAUGGAAUUCAAAUAAUUUAACUACAUUGGUCAAUUUGUUGUUUAAAAUGUUCAGUUAAUACUCAGCACUACUGCAUGGCCAUAUGAAGUUGUCUGGAUGUGGGUCCAUGUAUUGUCUUCUUUUACUAAUGGUUUCCGGACUGCUAGGCUAAAUGAUGGCAGGGUUCUUAAUAACAAAUAACGAUGGCUGUAUCAGCGUUCUCUCUGUCUCUGGACUCAGUCUGUUAGGAUGUAAAGAGCAGGUUGUGCUCUUUGGCUGCCUAUCACUGUCUUUACUCCCCUCUGUUGCAGUCUGGGAAUUCUCUCUAGGCUAUAAGUUUGUUUGACAAGAACUCAUGGGGGUUGUAAAAGAGCUGUAUGUGUUUAGCCAGAAUGUUUUCCCUCCAGCCAUGGCUGACCUUGUCACUGUGGAAGUAAACUAGACUUUUAAGCAAGUAGCAGACUUCUCUUUUAAAGCCAGAUUUUAAGAAUAUAGUUGUUUUGAUGAGCUGUGUGGCUGUUGAAUAUUGUACAUGUUGAUGGGGAUUCUGUGGAAUGUGUGUGGAGUUAAUAUGUUGGCAACACACAUUAAAUAUGCAGCGGUAUUCAAAUAAUCUGAAUGAAAAAUUGUUCUUUGUGUGUCUACACAUGCCGUUUAUGGGCUUCAGAUGUGGGGAGAUUGUGGGGGUUGUGAACGUUUUUGGACAUGAUAUGUCUCUGUUGAUGGUAAUGUAUGAAAGCAUUCUUGGGCAGUGUUUGCUUGCCUCCUUUAGCCUGUGUGUGUGUGUGUCCAAAUGAUUGAUUUCAGUAUGUCAAGCUAUUGAUGAUCGAAAUUACCUAGUGAUUCUCCUCUCUCACUCUUUCACUCACAUGUUUUUACUAUCAUUGUGUGGACCAAAGAUUGAUUUCCAUUCAAAAUCCUAUUUUCCCUAAACUUAAUCCUAACCAUAAUUGUAACCCUUAACCUAACCCCUAAGCCUUUGUCCUUGUGGGAGACCUGGGAAAUGUCCCCAUGUUUUACUAUCCUUUUGGGGAUUUCUGGUACUUAUGAGGAUAGUAAUACACACACUGAAAAAAAGACUCUUACUAGUGAUGGGGGAAAACAACAGUACCUAAGUAUCGUAAUAAUAUUGUAGUUUGAGGUCCCUGGCAAAUCCCAGCCCUAAAUCUUACACGAUGUUUGGAUGGCUGCAGUGCAACCAGUCCCAUGCCUGUUUACUUGUUGCCAUGGUAGCCUGAAGAGGCCUGUGCACCAUUGUAUUAAUGGCCCUGGGUAUUGUUUAGGGCUGGUGGGAGCUGCAAAGCCUGCUGGGGGAAAUACCCACACACACAGACAAUAAACAAUUACAGUUUGUAUACUUUUUUUCUGUCAUUUGUGAUGUGUGAAGUUCAAGGGUUAUGUUUAUGAAUGACACAGUUUCUUUCCCCUGCACGACAAAUUGGUUGGAGUUCAUGUGGCCACUUGUGAAGCUGCUGCGUUUGUUCCCAGUGCAGUAUGUUCUGACAUAGGAGUCUAACUAUUGUUUUAUUUUUCUAUUUACUGAAUGAGACCAGCAGGAGAGCAGUGUGCCUUUUCUCGUACCUUCCCCAUGUCAUACAGGCACACUGUUUUUGCAGAGGUCAGUGUAAGUGUUUAUUGUGGUCAGCCAGAGAAAGAGCGCUGUACUCCUCUGUUCUCAUCACUUAAACACUAUUUAGAUAAUGGGCUCUAUUUUUGGCUGGCGCUAAGGCGGCGCAAGUGUCAAACGCACGUUAGUUUCUGAUUUCGGCAUGUAAAAACUGGCGCUCUGGCAUUUUCCACCCUUUGCGUAAGGUUCUGCAAUUGACCUGUCUAACAUCAGCUCGCUUGUGCUGAGGUGGGAGGUGUGGAAAUAUUUGAGGUGUGUCCUUAAAAACGAGCGCAAAAGUGACAACUUUAAUUCAGCACAAAUCGGGAGAUUUAGCAGGUAUUAGUGGUAACGCUGUUGGUUAUGGCAUGGAUUUUGACAGCGGAAGCGCAGCCUAUCCAGUAGGAACGUGACAAAUGGACAAUGUUGCAUAACGUUUAAACAGCAAAAAAAAAAAAAACGUCAAUUCACAAUGCAGAAUAAGGGUCCUAUUAUGUUUGUAUGACUGCUAGGGCCGGGCAAUGAAGUUAUUUAUUUAUUUAUUUAUUUUUAUAUAUAUAUAUAUAUACCGCAGUCAUAUACCCUUGAAAGCGCCUCGACUGCGGCAUGUUUGUUUGUCUGUAAGGGUACACUAUUGCUUUUUAAAUGCAGACACACAACCUUCUCUGGAGAUAGUUUUGAAGCGCCACUGAACGGGCGUUUUUACUUGUCUGUGAAUGAAUGCCGCUUCUGAAGUGGGACUAACGUCCAUCACUAGGCGACCAGAACUGUCAAUCAAAUAAUAUCGAGCUGCCUGUGCACAGCCUGACCUGCCUAGGUAGAAAGAAAACACAUCUUCCGCUAGGAAUCGACUCCUAAGAUUCAGUAUUUUUGGAAUGGAGGAGACUGAUUAGUUGCCAUACUUCUGAGAACACAAACACUUGCAUCUUUCAUAGUGAGCUAGCGAGGGACGGAGAGAGAGCGGAGGAGCACAGUAUAGGCAGGUCUGCCACUAGGCAGAUGAAGUCAGAACCAUGCACUAGGCCUAUCUGUCGGCAAUCAAAAGCAGUAUUUCGCAAUGGAAUGCUGUAUUUCACAAUUUCAUGGCUUGCAAUGUCUCAGCUUCAGUAAAGCAGUAACUUAACAUUAAGGAUCCCAAUUUUGUUUAAACUUUCACACCUCUACAAACCAGCUGUGAUGCACAGUGCCCAUAUACUCAUGGAGCAAGAGAGAUCUGCUUUUUGUUCCCAUGAACCUUGUAUUUAGAAACUUUAUUUAUUUAUUUAGAUUUAUUUGUUGUUGUUGAUUUAAAAACCAAGCAUCGCCUUGGGGGGUCCUGGCCAAUCCAUUCGCAGGUUAGCAGAGUGGUCACUAGCUGGUACAGCCACAGUCAUAAAAUCUGAUUUUAAACCUAACCUUAACCACGUUGCUAACCCUAAUGCCUAACCCUAACUUUAAACCUUAAAAUUAAGACUAAAAAGCUCAUUUGUUUUCAUGAAUUUCUACAAUAUAGGCAAUUUUGACUUUGUAGCUGGCCCAGCUAGCGGAAAUCGCUCAGUUCUGCCUCAAGGACAAGCCUCAUCCCAAUAAACGUAAACUUGCAAUGCAAUCGCCAAGUACCUAAGACUGUCAAAAAAGGGUUUGGCUCAUGAGACCGCUUUCAAAUAAAUCUUUAAUCACCAAAGCUUUUUUAUAUGAUCAAGUUUGGGAGCAGCAAAACAGUGAGCUGACAUCCCCUGUUUAUCUAUAGUACCAGUCAAAUGUUUGGACACAUCUACUCAUUCAAGGGUUUUUCUUUAUUUGUACUAUUUUUUACAUUGUAGAAUAAUAGUGAAGACAUCAAAACUAUGAAAUAACACACAUGGAAUUAUGCAGUAACCAAAAAAGUGUUAAAGAAAUCAAAAUAUAUUUGAGAUUCUUCAAAGUAGCCACCCUUUGCCUUGAUGACAGCUUUGCACACUCUUGGCAUUCUCUCAACCAGCUUGACCUUGGAAUGCUUUUCCAACAGUCUUAAAGGAGUUCCGACAUAUGCUGAGCACUUGUUGGCUGCUUUUCCUUCUCUGCGGUCCGACUCAUCCCAAACCAUCUCAAUUGGGUUGAGGUCAGGGGAUUGUGGAGGCCAGGUCAUCUGAUGCAGCACUCCAUCACUCUCCUUCUUGGUAAAAUAGCCCUUACACAGCCUGGAGGUGUGUUGGGUCAUUGUCCUGUUGAAAAAAAAAUGAUAGUCCCACUAAACCCAAACCAGAUGGGAUGGCGUAUCGCUGCAGAAUGCUGUGGUAGCCAUGCUGGUUAAGUGUGCCUUGAAUUCUAAAUAAAUCACAGAUGGUGUCACCAGCAAAGCACCCCCACACCAUAACACCACCUCCUCCAUGCUUUACGGUGGGAACUACACAUGCAGAGAUCAUCCGUUCACCCACACCGCGUCUCACAAGACACAGCGGUUUGAACCAAAAAUCUCAAAUUUGGACUCCAGACCAAAGGACACAUUUCCACCAGUCUAAUGUCCAUUGCUCUUGUUUCUUGGCCCAAGCAGGUCUCUUCUUCUUAUUGGUGUCCUUUAGUAGUGGUUUUCUUUGCAGCAAUUCGACCAUGAAGGCCUGAUUCACACAGUCCCCUCUGAACAGUUGAUGUUGAGAUGUGUCUGUUACUUGAACUCUGAAGCAUUUAUUUGGGCUGCAAUUUCUGAGGCUGGUAACUCUAAUGAACUUAUCCUCUGCAGCAGAGGUAACUCUGGGUCUUCCAUUCCUGUGGCGGUCCACAUGAGAGCCAGUUUCAUCAUAGUGCUUGAUAGUUUCUUCAAGUGCAGUCACAAAAACCUUCAAGGUUCUUGAAAUGUUCUGUAUUGACUGACCUUCAUGUCUUAAAGUAAUGAUGGACUUCAUUUGUCUUUGCUUAUUUGAGCUGUUCUUGCCAUAAUAUGGACUUGAUCUUUUACCAAAUAGGGUUAUCUUCUGUAUACCCCCUCUACCUUGUCACAACACAACUGAUUGGCUCAAACGCAUUAAGAAGGAAAGAAAUUCCACAAAUUAACUUUUUAGAAGCCACAGCUGUUAAUUGAAAUGCAUUCCAGGUGAGUACCUCAUGAAGCUGGUUGAGAGAAUGCCAAGAGUGUGCAAAGCUGUCAAGGCAAAUGGUGGCGAUUUGAAGAAUCUCAAAUAUAAAAUAUAUUUUGAUUUAUUUAACACUUUUUUGGGUACUACAUGAUUCCAUAUGUGUUAUUUCAUAGUUUUGAUGUCUUCACUAUUGUUCUACAAUGUAAAAAUAAAGAAAAACCCCUUGUGUCCAAACUUUUGACUGGUAGUGUGUAUGUACAUUAUUUUAGGCAGUUCCUGUUAUUUUGGAUGAGCGUAAAACCCCCUUCAUGCAGGCUACAUGCCCGUCAUGGAACGAGAGAUGAGAUGAUGCCGGUGACCCUGGUAUUUAGAAACAUUGAAGUUAUUUUCCUGUAACAAUUGCUUGUUUUCCGUUUCAUUAGAUUAAAAACCAAGCCCUCCGUAAGCUACCCUUACCCUACUAUAACGAAAGCUGGUUCAACAGAAAUGCAUCAGGUGUUUUACGUAUCCUGACCAUGCAUUAGCCAAGUAGCCUAUCCAUAAAAUGUUUCUAAAUGGUCUACUUGUGAGGCUUUUCACAUUAUUCACAAUACAUGGGCCUACCUGCAUACCCCAUUUCGCUUGUAGCUUAUCCAUCCCCAUUUCCAAAGAGCGCCUCUUGUACAGUUAACAAAGGUCCUCCCAAACGUAUUCAAAUUAUUCAGUCCUAUAAUGCCAUAUCAAUGUUGGAUAGGGUAUCUUUCUUAUUGCGAACGUGCCUCACACACAGCCUACAAUUAAUUUUAAGGGGAGCCUAGUAUUAUUUUAUUUCUGUAGAAAUGCAAUGCGUAAAGGCGCGUAUAGGCCUAUACUCGUUGAAGCAAUUACAACAAUGUUGAUUGCCAACACCAAACAUAGUUAGCAAACGGUACAAUACAUCACGUUUUUGCUAUCAUUUGUUAUUAUAGCCUAUUCUAUUUCAUAAACGGACUAGGACAAGAAUAUUAGAGGUGAUGACAAUGCAAAGACAGUCAAUAACAUACAAAACUUGAGACAACCGCAUGCAGUAUUAAGCCAUGGAACAUGUUGAUUGGCCAGUGAAUGGUCAAGCCCUCGUCCCACCUACAACGUAUUUAUUCAUCAAAACCCAGCCCUUCCGCACCACCGCCAGCUUUUGCGCCCAUAAUUCCCGCUGUAAAAAUAUUUCUGAGACCGUGCAUUCGGAAAGUAUUCAGACCCCUUGACUUUUUCCACAUGAUAUGUUACAGCCUUAUUCUAAAAUUUAUUUAAAAAACAAAACAUCUCAGCAAUCUACGCACAAUAUCCCAUAAUGACAAAGCAAAAACUGGAAAUAUUACAUUUACAUAAGUAUUCAGACCCUUUACUCACUACUUUGUUGAAGCACCUUUGGCAGUGAUUACAGCCUGUAUUUGGGGAGUUUCUCCCAUUCUUCUCUGCAGACCCUCUCAAGCUCUGUCAGGUUGGAUGGGGAGCGUUGCUGCAGAGCUAUUUUCAGGUCUCUCCAGAGAUGUUAGAUCGGGUUCAAGUCCGGGCUCUGGCUGGGCUACUCAAGGACAUUCAGAGGCUUGUCCUGAAACCACUCGUUGUCUUGGCUGUGUGCUUAGGGUCGUUGUUCUGUUGGAAGGUCCCCUGUAGCUCAGUUGGUAGAGCAUGGCGCUUGCAACGCCAGGGUUGUGGGUUCGUUUCCCACGGGGGGCCAGUAUGAAAAUGUAUGCACUCACUAACUGUAAGUCGCUCUGGAUAAGAGCGUCUGCUAAAUGACUAAAAUGUAAAAAUGUAAGGUGAACCUUCGCCCCAGGCUGAGAUCCUGAGCGCAUCUUUCCCUAGAUCCUGACUAGUCUCCCAGUCCCUGCCGCUGAACAACAUCCCCACAGCAUGAUGCUGCCACCACCAUGCUUCACCGUAGGGAUGGUGCCAGGUUUCCUCCAGACGUGACACUUGACAUUCAGGCCAACGAGUUCAAUCUUGGUUUCAUCAGACCAGAUAAUCUUGUUUCUCAUGGUCUGAGUCCUUUAGGUGCCUUUUGACAAACUCCAAGCGAGCUGUCAUGUGCCUUUUACUGAGGAGUGGCUUCCGUCUGGUCACUACCGUAAAGGCCUGAUUUGGUGGAGUGCUGCAGAUAUGGUUGUCCUUCUGGAAGGUUCUCCCAUCUCCACAGAGGAACUCUGGAGCUCUGUCAGAGUGACCAUCGGGUUCUUGAUCACCUCCCUGACCAAGGCACUUCUCCCCCAAUUGCUCAGUUUGGCCAGGCAACCAGCUCUAGGAAGAGUCUUGGUGGUUCCAAACUUCUUCCAUUUAAGUAUGAUGGAAGCCACUGUGUUCUUGGGGACCUUCAAUGCUGCAGACAUUUUUGGGUACCCUUCCCAAGAUCUGUACCUCGACACAAUCCUGUCUCGGAGUUCUACGGACAAUUCCUUCGACCUCAUGGCUUGGUUUUUGCUCUGACAUGCACUGUCAACUGUGGGACCUUUUUAUAUAGACUGGUGUUUGUGUGUGGCUUUCCAAAUCAUGUCCAAUCAAUUGAAUUUACCACAGGUGGACUCCAAUCAAGUUGUAGAAACAUCUCAAGGAUGAUCAAUGGAAACAGGAUGCACCUGAGCUCAAUUUUGAGUCUCAUAGCAAAAGGUCUGAAUACUUAUGUAAAUAAGGUAUUUAUUUAUUUUAUUUGUAUAAAUUUGCGCACAUUUCUAAAAACCUGUUUUCGCUUUGUCAUUAUGGGGUAUUGUGUGUAGAUUGAGUAAAAAAUCUAAUUUAAUCCAUUUUAGAAUAAGGCUGUAACGUAACAAGAUGUGGAGAAAGGGUCUGAAUACUUUCCGAAUGCACUGUAACUUGUAGUGUGACCUAUAGCGCUAUCAUCAGCACUAAAAUGUACCAUUGCGUUAGGUUUGUUAAAAUUGAGCACAGUGACCACAACAGUUUGAACCUCCUGGCCUCGUUGUGGUUACCUCCACCAUCAUCAUUAAUAAAUGUAGACCUCUGUAGGGGACACCCCUCUCAAAUACAGUAGGUAAACCUUGGUAUCAGUUGUCACUGGAAUGGGUUUGUCAGACAAGUGGAACACAGGGUUGUCAUAAUAGAAUUCAAUUUUCGUAUGACAUUUUUUAUCUGUGUCUGUCAUACAGAGCAGAACACUCCACCCUCCCUUCACCUUCUGUCCUGUCCUCACAGCAUGACGCUGGCCAGGUUUCCAUACAUCUACUGAUGGAACACAGUUAUUCAGGGAAUCUGGGUGGGUGUGUUUUGUUCAACUGAUGAGGUCAUCACCGUCAUAGUUUCAGUUCUGAAAAGCAGAAGGGUUUUUAUGAGGGUGAGUGAAAUUACUGUGCUACUCAAGCAAUGACUGGCAAAGCAAUUAACUAUGACUCAUAAAGAGAACAACACUGCAUAGUGUUUGCGUACACGAUACAGUCUACCCACCCAGUAAAGCAAUCAAUGAAGCAUGAUAACUGAGUUUAAGGGUGACCGAGUAGACCGAGCAUGGAGAAGUAAUGAGAGCGAGCGAAAGGAAGAGGAGUGAACAAGUGAGUGAAGAAUGCAGUUUGGAGGGAGGCAGAGAGGCCUUAGGUGGGGGAUGGGGAGCUGGAAGAGGAGGGGGCUUCAUUUGAGUGGAAUGUGGCUAGUCUCUGAUCACCACUGCUGGGUAGAUUAAACAGGACAGCAUACCGCACACUAGAGUGGAGCCAUGGGACAGGAGUUAGCUGGACCACCCCGCUAUGGAGGGAGGGAGCUAGUCCUGACUACUGAGGGCCAGUGGAGAGGGGGAUGACGGGAGGAGGGGGAGAGGGAACUAGUACUAACUACUGAGGGCCAGUGGAGAGGGGGAUGACGGGAGGAGGGGGAGAGGGAACUAGUGCUAACUACUGAGGGCCAGUGGAGAGGGGGAUGACGGGAGGAGGGGGAGAGGGAACUAGUACUAACUACUGAGGGCCAGUGGAGAGGGGGAUGACGGGAGGAGGGGGAGAGGGAACUAGUACUAACUACUGAGGGCCAGUGGAGAGGGGGAUGACGGGAGGAGGGGGAGAGGGAACUAGUGCUAACUACUGAGGGCCAGUGGAGAGGGGGAUGACGGGAGAGGGGAGGGAACUAGUGCUAACUACUGAGGGCCAGUGGAGAGGGGGAUGACAGGAGGAGGGAGGAGAGGGAACUAGUGCUAACUACUGAGGGCCAGUGGAGAGGGGGAUGACACAGACAGGGAGGCGGGGGAGAGGGAACUAGUGCUAACUACUGAGGGCCAGUGGAGAGGGGGAUGACGGGAGGAGGGGGAGAGGGAACUAGUACUUAACUACUGAGGGCCAGUGGAGAGGGAGGUGACAGUGGGAGGGAGGGAGUUAGGGAGAGGGAAACAAAAUGACGCAAGGGGUGAGGGACUAAAUUGGCGGGAAAGUACAUGUGGUAUUGUUUGCCAUGUUGGUCAAAGGGCAGUGCUUUUAUGCGGUGUAGUACUGUACUUGCAUUUAGAGAAAAGAAGGUAGAUUUCCUCAACUGAUGCUAUCUCCUUGUAGGGCUGGGUGUUAUCCUGAUCAUGAUAUGAAUGUUGGAGAUACGCAUAUCUUUGGAUGUCAUAAUUCCUUAAUUUUUACAGUAUUUCUCCACAUACCGCAGCCUUACCAGGGCUACACUCAGUUGGCUGCUAAUAUCUCAAAAGGAGCCUGUUCCUGUGCCACCCGAACGUGUCCAGUAUAAUGAAGGCUUAUUCAUAAAUGCUAAUUUACAUGAUCAUAUUGUUAUCCAUGAUGUGACGGGUAUUUGUCUCUAUCGCCCAGCCCUAAUUAAGCAGACAACGCAGUAUACAAUGUAUAUCUGACUAUACACUAUCAUUUCCCCCUCAGAGCCCAGAUCAAAGUGACAGCUGAGCUCCCUGUCUUUACAGAACCCCGAGAGGGAGAGGGAGAGGGGGAGAGAGAGGGAGAGAUAUGUUCUGAGCCAGGCUGCAUCACCAGCAAAGUCUUUGUUUAGGAGAAUGAGUGAUAGGAUGGCCCGGCUAGGGAUGGGACUUAAUAGCCCAUGUGCCUGCUCCUCUGCCCUCACCUCUCUCGCCAUGGAGGCUGUGUGUAGCAGGCUGCAGCAACACACUGAAAUACAGCACAGGCAUGGUCCAGCAUCAUCAGCAGUCAGUCAGACAACCGAGAGAGGCAGGACAGAGAGAACCAAGCCAGUGUGGAUGAAAGGGACAGAGGGAGAAGGAGAGACUGCAAGAGGCAGGGAGAGACUGAGUCGCUGGUGUGCCGCUGCUAAAUGCGCCAGCGGUGCACCGGCGCUGCGAAAUCGUGGCCGCCAAUGCAAAAAAAGUAUUUUAUUUUUUAUUUUGACAAAUAUAAUGUAGAUGUACAGAUGUAUGUCCCAGGAAGAACUCUGCCACCACUGCUGAAAAUAAUCCUAGUGUAAACAGUUGAAAAGCAUUAAAUUGCUUGAACUUUUGGCUCAUAUGCUGGGUGUGUUAUUGUUAGAGGGGUGUGUUAUUGUUAGAGGUGUGCCGAAUAGUCGAACAAAACGAGUAUCGUAACUGAUGUGGGCAAUGUUCUGGAUACGAUCCAAGUAUUUCUUUUUUUAUUAUCUGUUAUCGGAUAAAAGUAAUUUUUGGGUGCCAGCACGCAACUUUCUCAUGUCAGUAAGUCAAGUGAGGUGCUACGUGGUCUAAAUAACUCAACUGGCUAGUUUGCCUGUCUGUAAAGGGAAAGGGCGGGCUGUACGAUGAUCUUGCUGCUUUGAUUGGAUAGAGUGAAGCUGUAUUUCUCUGUCCGCUCAUUUCAUAAAUUCACCCGUUCACUUUCACUUCUCUUUUUCGGUCUGAUCAUUGACUGCUACUGCCUCCUGUUAGCCUGCUACUAAGAUAAAAUCAAAUGGCAAGGACGCUUGCUAUCAAUGUGUCAUAAUAUCCAAGAAGCGGGGGUAGGGAAAAAAUAUGAACCGUCGACGCGCGUUCUGACAGAUGGCAAACUUGUCUGCCCGCUGCAAAUUGAGGACACUCAGACACGCACCCCUCCGCUAUAAACGUUCAGGGAGAUAUACAUUUUACUUGGGCAUAUUAAAACAUUUACGUUUUGUCCCGAUCACGAGUAUCAUCCGAUCCGACUAUUAACUGUCAAUUUACGGAUACGAUUACGGCCAUGUCGGCACAAGGCCUAGUUAUUGUAUGACCAUGAUAGCAAUGUAGCUUGGUCAGUGUUUAUUUAGUCCAUCCCCCCUUCUACAUCUGUCCCGUCUCUUUUCCCAUCUACCGUUAAACGUUACACCUACACACUAGUCUCUGCUCCCCACUUCCCUUUACCAAAGGACUGGCUUACUCCUCUUGCUCUCUUCCCCUCAUUCUUCCGAUUUGCUUUUCUCCUUAUCCUCCCCCUCUCUCUCAUGCUCUCCCCGGCUGUUCUCUCCUAUUCCUUCUCUCCCUUCUCUUAUCAGCAUACGGCUCUUUUUAUCUCAGCUGUGCCAGGGAGGUAUGUUCACUGCUAGCCUGAGGACUCACACUGAAUUCUUCCGCUGCGCUGUCGUUCGCUACAUACUUUAGUCUGAGACUGCCAUCAUUGAAGUUGUUUGUGGUGACAAGGGGCGUUGUACAAAACAAAGUCAUCAGCGAUUGGAUCGUCUAUAACCGAUCAGAGUAUCAAAGCCAAUGACACGUAUUCAAACCGCCGCUUUACCCACGUGUGUUCUGGCUCUGGACCAAUCAGACGGCCCCCGAAUGUGUUCGCAUUCGGUGAAGGAUCGUGGAGGUACUCGGAUCCAGACUCAUUGCGGAGAAGAAACUAACGUUUGUGGGCGUAGUGUUUGGAGUCUGGGUAGCAAGGAAAGUUCACUGCACCCAGAAUAGAAACACUACAGGAACAUAAUUUCUCCCCAUUCUUUAAUGAUCAUUCAUUAUCCCCUCCUGCACUCACCCCCUCCCUCACUCACCCCCUCACGCACUCCCUCCCAGUUUUAUCGCUCUGUGACUGGAACACCAUGGUACUCACCAUGUUGGGGAUAUCUGGGCCUGUCGUCAACAUAUGAGACUGUUUCCAGAGCAGUUAUUAUUGAGCAACAUUCAGCACAGAACAGAUGCAAAACAUUGUUCCCUAGAGUUCAACACCUAGUAAUGUAAUUUUGGAAAUGUUCAGUUCACAUGUACAGUAACAAACUCCAUUCAAUAUAUGUAUUUAGAUGACUGAUUAAUGUGUUUUUCUUCAUUAACUCACAGUACUCUAACGGUCAUGGGUGAUUGACAGUCCUGUUGCUCUGUGAAGGUAAUUGUGUCACCUGAGCAUGGUGUCACAUUACACUGACAUGGCCCUCUGCUCUGUCUGUGACUAACAACAGACAGGAUGUCCGGAGGCUCCUCCAGGUAUCACGUCACCAGAUAUAGAUAUUGUAACAGUAGCUUUUUAGAAAUAUGGUGUAGACAAAAUAUCUGACUGACUAUACAUGAUGAAUAGGGCCAGGAGCUGAUGACGUGACCUUAUAAGGAUUAAACACCGUAUUUAUCAAGGGCCUCAGAGUGGGAGUGCUGAUCUAUGACAAGGUCCCUCCUGUCCAUUAUAAUAUUUUUCAUUAUGAUCUAAAAGGCUAAACUGAUUCUAGAUCGGCACUUCUAUCCUGAGACGGGCCUAGACCGCAAAGAUCUAUCGAGGGAGUUUUAUGUGACUAUUGUUUGGGUAUGAUAGGCCGUAGUAAGUUGAAACUCCUGAACUGAGAGGAGAGUCCCUACUUUAAACAGACCCUGUGGGGGUUGGAAGUGCAUUCCAUUCACAGUACACACUUGUGUGCGAGAGAGAGUUUGAAUGUCAUGUCUCCCUCUACUGCUCUGUUUCUCUCUUUAAUCUUGGCCUGUUUCUCUCUCCAAUGACUCUAUUCAAACGGGUGUGUGGGAAAUCAUAAUAAUCAUAGCAUAGUAUGAAAAGCUUACCUGUAUAGACCCAUGAAACAUGUCUAGCUGUUGGAUUUUAUCCAGUAUGCGAGGGUUGGAGUCAAUUUGAAUUGAAGUCAUUUUGAGUUUUUUGUGAAGUCAUUAAAAAUGGGUGGCAAUUAUUUUAAUUUAUAUUUCUGAUUAUUUCCUGAUUUGAUGACUGAAAUUUGAAUUGACCCCAACUCUGUGUCCUACACAGGUCUGAUGUUUAACAACUCUAUUGUUUCCGCUGUGUACCCAACCCUCGCCUAACUCCUGAGUGUUUGUGUUUACUUCCUACAGAGUUUCCACUGAUUGGUUUGAUUAAUUAUUAACUCCCAUAUACAGUGCCUUCAGAAAGUAUUCACAUCCCUUGACUUCUUCCACAUUUUGUUGUUACAGCCUGAAUUUAAAAUUGAUUAAAUUGAGAUUUUUUGUCACUGGCCUACACACAGUACCCCAUAAUGUCAAAGUGGAAUUAUGUUUUUCAAAAUGUUUACAAAUGAAUUUAAAAUGAAAAGCUGAAAUGUCUUGAGUCAAUAAGUAUUCAACCCCUUUGUUAUGGCAAGUCUAAAUACGUUCAGGAGUAAACAUUUGCUUAAGUGACAUCAAUUGCAUGGACUCGCUUUGUGUGCAAGACUAGUGUUUAACAUGAUUUUUGAAUGACUGCCUCAUCUCUGAAUCCCACACAUACAAUUAUCUGUAAAGUCCCUCAGUCGAGCAGUGAAUUGUAAACGCAGAUUCAACCACAAAGACCAGGGAGGUUUUCCAAUGCCUCGCAAAGAAGGGCACCUAUUGGUAGAUGGGUAAAAGAAAAAGCAGAUAUUGAAUUUCCCAUGGUGAAGUUAUUAAUUACACUUUGGAUGGUGGAUCAAUGCAUCCAGUCACUACAAAGAUACAGCCGUCCUUCCUAACUCAGUUGCUGGAGAGGAAGGAAACCGCUCAGGGAUUUCACCAUGAGGCCAAUGGUGCCUUUAAAACAGAGUUUAAUGGCUGUGAUGGGUGAAAAUUGAGGAUGGAUCAAAAACAUUCUAGUUACUCCACAAAUGACAGUGAAAAGGAAGCCCGUACAGAAUAUAAAAUGUUGCAAACAGGAUGCAUGUUUUGGAAUAAGGCACUGAAGUAAUAAUGCAAAGAAUGUGGCAAAGCAAUUAACUUUUUGUCCUGAAUAUGAAGUAUUACAGUGCCUUCGGAAAGUAUUCAGACCCCUUGACUUUUUCCACAUAUUGUUACGUUACAGCCUUAUUCUAAAAUGGAUAAAAUAAAAUAAAAAUGUCCUCAGCAAUCUACACAAUACCCCAUAAUGACAAAGCGAAAACAGGUUUUUAUAAAUUUUUGCAAAUGUAUUAAAAAUAGAAAUACCUUAUUUACAUAAGUAUUCAGACCCUUUGCUAUGAAACAAGAAAUUGAGCUCAGGUGCAUCCUGUUUCCAUUGAUCGUCCUUGAGAUGUUUAUACAACUUGAUUUGGAGUCCACCUGUGGUAAAUUCAAUUGAUUGGACAUUAUUUGGAAAGGCACACACCUGUCUAUAUAAGGUCCCACAGUCAACAGUGUAUGUCAAAGCAAAAACCAAGCCAUGAGGUCGAAGGAAUUGUCCGUAGAGCUCCGAGACAAGAUUGUGUCGAGGCACAGAUCUGGGGAACCAAAUGAUUUAGGUGACCUACACACAUUUUAAAAAAGAUAUGUCCAGCAACAACAUGAAGACAGGGGCAGCAUAUAAGUCAAUACCAGAAGCAUUUAUUGACUGAUCUGGGGAGAUGGAUUCCAGUUUCUGUGACAGAUUAUAAAUAAUCUCUGAUGCCUUUGUUAUAUUAGCUUUUGGUUGAAUGUACUGUCGUAGUAAAUAUAUAAUGUUAUAGCUUGGUCUAACUAAAAUCUUGUGCAUGACCCAUUUUGUGUUGGGCGUUUGUUUUCAAUCAAUGCUGUUCCUAUCCUAUAACAAUGGACAAAAGAGUCCUAUCUUGUCAGCCUUGUCAGCAGGUGGCCAAGGACAACACCCACGCCAUAGGUCUCUCAGUUCUUCCAACUCACGAGUUCUUGCUCUGAGGACACACACACACACACACACACACACACACACACACACACACACACACACACACACACACACACACACACAUCAUCACUGAUAACACACACACACACACACACAUCAUCACUGAUAACACACACACACACACACACAUCAUCACUGUUAAACACACACACACACACACACAAAAAUCCCCUCUCUUUAGGCUGAACAUUUGAAGACAGAGAACCCGACUCAGAGCCAAUGCAACAGUGGAGGGGACCUCGCCCAACUCAUCAGGACCAAUCAGAAGAUCAGAACUACUAGAUUCAACCUACAUCAUUUAUUGUAUAAAAUGUCUGCACACAAUGUUUUCGGGGCUCUCUUCUCCCUAAGAGUUUGACGAACGAGUCCGUGCACGCGAUUCCAGAUAUCUUUACCUCUGAAUAAACUGCCUUUAUUAUACCAUAUCCACCCUGUCCAAAGUCUCUACUUGGUCUCAGUUCUCCAGUAAACUUGUGAUUAUCAACAGUACACAACGGUAACAAACAAUUGGGGGAACUCACGGGGCAGAUAGUAAGGUCGCAAUGACACAGAAAGCAGUUCAAUGUCGGGGUACAGAGUCGCUCUCUUACCAGGAUCGCGGUCCGCUCUGACCAGGGUGAAGCCGGCCGGCUCCACUUCUCUGUCCGGGACUCUGUCAUCCAGCCAAGUCUCCCAGCUGUAUUGGGAUUCCGCUGCCAGCAGCGUUUUCAUUAUUUAGUCCGUUCGUAGCGGGUAUGUACACGAUCAACAAGAUCAGUCCAAAACCAACCACUGGAAAUCCAUGGUUGGCAGAAUGUUUGUAAACUAAGUCUACAAAUUAAAAACAUAAAAUAACGCCACACUGCAGGUCGCAACAGAGACGCUGCUAGCCGCUAUUGUCUUAGUUACGUUCAUGGUUACGUCACGUAUGACGAAAGCGCGUAAGUGCAAGCCCACAGACACCCAUAGAGAAUGUAUUGAAAGCUUUGAAAUUUGAAAAAAAUAGAUUUUACAUGACAGGCUAUGAGAGACUUCUGGGCGAUUUUCAACUUGACUGAAAUCGCCCCAAAAACGGGCGGGGCCAUUUGAAGCACGACUUUAGCCUGAUUUGACAUUUAGUGGCUGGCAGAUCAGACGUGAACACUGAUAACUACUGUUGCCGUGAUAUAAUUGAUUAGAAAAAAAAUCCCUUCCUUUUCCCGUUUGGCAGUGCGUCGCCCAUAUCGCCCUAUGGAACAGGGCGUCCCUGGAACCAAAAUAUGUACCAAAAUAUGUCUGCAGCAUUGAAAGUCCCCAAGAACACAGUGGCCUCCAUCAUUCUUAAAUGGAAGAAGUUUGGAACCACCAUGACUCUUCCUAGAGCUGGCCGCCCGGCCAAACUGAGCAAUCGGAGGAGAAGGGCCUUGGUCAGGGAGGUGACAAGAACCCGAUGGUCACUCUGACAGAGCUCCAUAGUUCCUCUGUGGAGAUGGGAGCACCUUCCAGAAGGACAACCAUCUCUGCAGCACUCCACCAAUCAGGCCUUUAUGGUAGAGUGGCUAGACGGAAGCCACUCCUCAGUAAAAGGCACAUGAUAGCUCGCUUGGAGUUUACCAAAAGGCACCUAAAGACUCUGACCACGAGAAACAAGAUUCUCUGGUCUGAUGAAAUCAAUAUUGAACUCUUUGGCCUGAAUGCCAAGAGAGAACCAGGCACCAUCCCUACGGUGAAGCAGGGUGGUGGCAGCAUCAUGCUGUGUAGAUGUUUUUCAGGGACUGGGUGACUAUUCAGGAUCGAGGGAAAGAUGAACGGAGCAAAGUACAGAGAGGUCCUUGAUGAAAACCUGCUUCAUAGUGCUCAGGACCUCAGACUGGGGUGACUGUUCGCUUUCCAACAGGACAACGAUCCUAAGCACACUGCCAAGACAACGCAGGAGUGGCUUCGGGAUAAGUCUCUGAAUGUCCAAAUGUUGCUUGUGCUAAGCUUGUUGAGACUUACCCAGAAAGACUAACAGCUGUAAUCGCUGCCAAAGAUGUUUCUACAAAGUAUUGACUCGGGUGUGAGUACUUACGUAAAUGAGAUUUCUGUAUUUCAUUUUGAGUACAUUUGCCAACAUUUCUAAAUAUGUUUUCACUUUGUCAUUAUGGCGUAUUGUGUGUAGAUGGUUGAACACAAAAAAUCAAUUUAAUCCAUUUUGAAUUCAGGCUGUAACACAACAAAAUGUGGAAUAAGUCAAGGGGUAUGAGUACUUCCUGAAGGAACUAUGCUCACUACAUUGCAUUCCUGAAGUUUGAGUCACGUAUUUAAUGAGCAUAAAGGUGAACUCAUAUCUUCACUUCAGGUGUUAUUUAUAUUGUUGUGUGCGUGUUUAUUAGCCUGCUUACUUCCAACCAUUGCACAUAAUGAGGAUAACUCAUAAACUGUCUCAAGGCACUGAGUGUGACGGUGAACCCGGCGGCUCGACCCUAGGGAAAUGUGCUGGGACAUAUGACAGUGGGGGACCCCCAAAGGGACACACACCAAGAGAGUCACAGAUGAUUAUUCUGGGUCCAUGUGGCUUUAGCGCCAUAGUAUUGACUAUUUACACCCGCCUGCUUUAUCGACCAUAGGAAACCAGUGGUGGCAGGUUGGAGAAAGACAAUUUAGGAGGGGUCAACUCUUCGAUUAGGUGUGUGUGUGUGGUCUAAUUAGACUGAAAGCCUUUCUUGCUGCUUUAAUGAGAUAUGAGUGAUGAGAUAUUCGUUUUCACUGGCAUCAGUUGUCACACAGCGAGAGGAUCAUUAGUCAGAGAAACACUCAAGGGAUGGAGCAGUGUUUGUGUUUAAACACAGGUUUGUUGUGUGUGGGGUUUUAUGUGACUUAUAGAACAGCAUGUCUUUGCUGAGGCUGUAUGAGUGGCCCACAGGGGCCUCCUAUUCUACACUAUCCUUGACUAUAACCUCAUUGGUAGACUUUGAUAUUUGGGGGGGGGGGGCUGCGAGAAAGAGGAGUAAAAAAAAUAAAGAAGGAAGAGGGGAAAUAUUUAGAGAUUCACUGGUAUGCUUGACUGCACUGUAGGGACCAGUCUGCCAGACCUGUGCGUGCCUGUCCUUAGAAAUGCCCUACUGUGUGUAGAUGUAAAUAUACCUAUGUGUGAACAUCACACAUACACUAUAUAUACCAAAGUAUGUGGACACCCCUUCAAAUUAGUGAAUUUGGCUAUUUCAGCCACACCCGUUGCUGACAGGUGUAUAAAAUCGAGCACACAGCCAUGCAAUCUCCAUAGAUAAACAUUGGCAGUAGAAUGGCCUUACUGAAGAGCUCAGUGACUUUCAUUGUGGCACCGUAAUAGGAUGCCACCGUUCCAACAAGUCAGUUUGUCACAUUUUUGCCCUGCUAGAGCUGCCCCGGCCAACUCGAAGUGCUGUUAUUGUGAAGUGGAAACGUCUAGGAGCAACAAAAGCUCAGCCGCAAAGUGGUAGGCCACACAAGCUCACAGAAUGGGAGUGCUGAAGCACGUAGCGCGUAAAAAUCUGGCAGUCCGACAGACGAUUCUGGGUUUGGCAGAUGCCAGGAGAACGCUACCUGCCUGAAUGCAUAGUGCCAACUGUACAUUUUGGUGGAGGAGUAAUAAUGCCUAACCGGGAUUCAUAACACCCGCCCGCUUAACCCGGAAGCCAGCUGCACCAACGUGUCGGAGGAAACACUGUUCAACUGACGACUGAAGUCAGCCUGCAGGCACCCGGCCCACCACAAGGAGUCGCUAGAGCGCGAUGAGCCAAGUAAAGCCCCCCCAGCCAAACCCUCCCCUAUCCCGGACGACGCUGGGCCAAUUGUGUGCCGCCCUGUGGGAUUCCCGGUCACGGCCAGUUGUGACACAAUCUGGGAUCGAACCCGGGUCUGUAGCGACGCCUCAAGCACUGCGAUGCAGUGCCUUGGACUGCUGCGCCACUCGGGAGGCUUUACAAAAUGACGUUCUAUACGAUUCUGUGCUUCCAACUUUGUGGCAGGGCCCUUUCCUGUUUCAGCAUGACAAUGCCCCCGUGCAGAAAGCGAGGUCCAUACAGAAAUGGUUUGUCGAGAUCAGUGUGGAAGAACUUGACUGGCCUGCACAGAGCCCUGACCUCAACCCCAUCAAACACCUUUGGGAUGAAUUGGAACGGCGACUGCGAGCCAGGCCUAAUGGCCCAACAUCGGUGCCCGACCUCACUAAUGCUCUUGUGACUGAAUGGAAGCAAGUCCCCGCAGCAAUGUUCCAACAUCUAGUGGAAAGCCUUCCCAGAAGAGUGGAGGCUCUUAUAGCAGCAAAGGGGGGACCAACUCCAUAUUAAUACUGAUGAUUUUGGAAUGAGAUGUUCGACGAGCAGGUGUCCACAUACCUUUGUUCAUGUAUUAGCUGGAUGCUUUAAAAACAUUGAGUCUGGAUUAUUGUGUGUGUGUGUAUGUAUUUUAACGCAACAUACCAGAGUGUUUUUGUGAAUAUGUAAACCUGUAUUUUGUUGUACAGUUCUUAUUCAUCCUGAUAAGGAGGCAAUGAACGUAUGUCUCAUGGGAAUUGAAAUGGGAUAGCGCUUCUCUGUACAAUUGAUCCUUUGUUUUUCUUGUUGGUAUGGGGAGGGGAGGAGGGAGAAUACCUGUCAGAAUCUGAGUGCAUGAAUCCUUAUCUACAACCUGUCUGGGCCCUAUCCCAGAUCCACACACGCACACAGUCUAUAGUGACAACGCAACUAUCCCUGGGCAAUUACAGAUGAUGCUUAGGUGCAUACAGUAUAUCCACAUCACCUGAGCAAACUGCACAGUGUACACUACAUUACAACACUUCGGGGUACAAGAACCUCCCGAGUGGUGCAGUGGUCUAAGGCACUGCAUUCCAGUGCUAGCUAUGCCACUAGAGAUCCUGGUUCGAAUCCAGGCUCUGUCGUAGCCGGCCGUGACCGGGAGACCCAUGGGGCGGCGCACAAUUGGCCUAGCGUCGUCCAGGGUAGGGGAGGGAAUGGCCGGCAGGGAUGUAGCUCAGUUGGUAGAGCAUGGCGUUUGCAACGCCAGGGUUGUUGGUUCGAUUCCCACAGGGGGACAGUAUAAAAAAAUUAAAAGAUGUAUGCACUCACUAACUGUAAGUUGCUCUGGCUAAAAUGACUAAAAUGUAAGAACAUGCCUUUCAUUCUAGGAUAUAUAUAUAUAUAUAGCCAGCGGGAGAGAAAAAAGACAGAGAGCGAUAGAUAAAAGGAAUGACUGGGGCACACAACGUUUAUGAUGUUAAUGUUUAGCAUCCGUGUGCUGGUGGUUAACCAUUAGAGAGCCAUUGCCUGGUUCUCUCUGUCCUCCCAGACCUUUGAUCUAGUCUAGAGGCCUGUCUCUGCUCUGAGCCAUGCUCAGGUGAAAGUUCAGGUAUGUCCCACAGCAGCACAGUCGCCAUGAGUAAUCCUGUGAGGAAUUCAGAAAGCCCUUUCAUGAAAGAGAGACCGGAGUCUAUGCCUACAUUUACUGCACAUGAGGAAUAAGACCAGGGGAAGGGUGGGCAGAGGAAAGCACUGAAACAAGUCUAGUGAAAGGAGGGAGGGAGUGGCUCUAAGCUAAGGGAACCCUCAGGCUUAGAGCAACACAAUCGCUAUUGCAUAACUACAAUAUAGUCUGCAGUAGAAUGUCAGUAAUGAUUUAUAGUUCCACCAUGAUAAUUAUUGUCAAUAAGCAUUUAUGGGAUGAGAUUCGAUCCCAACUGUACUGAUGUAAUAUUGAUGUGGUUGGUUCUAAUACAUAUUAUGUUUUCCCAUCUCUCUCUUUGCAGAGGAAGCAGACUACUCUGCGUUUGGUACGGACUCUCUGACCCGUCCUAAGAAGACGGUCCUAGCGGCCGUGUUGCUGCGGCCUGAUGCCAACCGGAAGAAGCCCCCUGUGAUCAUUAGCCUGCCCAGGGACUUCAGGCCCGUCUCCUCCAUCAUCGACGUGGACAUCCUCCCUGAGACACACCGCCGGGUGCGCCUCUACAAGCACGGCCAGGAGAAACCGCUGGGCUUCUACAUCCGCGACGGCUCCAGCGUCCGGGUCACGCCCCAGGGCCUGGAGAAGGUGCCUGGGAUCUUCAUCUCCCGCAUGGUGCCUGGGGGCCUGGCUGAGAGCACAGGCCUGCUGGCCGUCAACGACGAGGUGCUUGAGGUCAAUGGUAUCGAGGUGCAAGGCAAGUCUCUGGACCAGGUGACUGACAUGAUGAUCGCCAACAGCCACAACCUCAUUGUGACGGUGAAGCCAGCCAACCAGCGCAACAACAUCAUACGGAGCAGUGGCGGAGGGGGUGGGGUGGCUUCCGGGAGCUCGGGUCGCUCUUCCGACAGCGGCGCCAGUUUCUACGGCUAUUUCACCCCGGGCGCUGCCAUAGCGACGACCCCGGCACACAUCAUGCAGAACUUCCAUCCAGAGGAGCUGGAGAGUGAUGAGGAUGAUGAGGACCUGGUGAUAGAGGCAGACGGGGAGGCCGUGCCCAUCCCACGGGCAGCCUUGGCCAGCUGCAGCAUGCCCUCCCUGCCCCGCUACGAGCCCCAUCUGAACCUCCGCACCACGGCCAACGGAGCCCUGGCCUCCAGCAACAGCACCGGUUCACUGAGCACGGUCAGCACGCCCGAUAGGGGCCUAGAGGGAAGGAGCUUAGAGGAGGACGGCACAGUCAUCACGCUGUAG